AUGAGUCCAGAAUUGGCAGUCGAGAAAGAGAACACGGCGACUCUCAUGGAUGAUCAGGUUCUGGCGAUGAGCGGUGAGGAGAAUCUGUCGGCUCCCAAGCUCAAUUCGUGCUCUGCGAGCGGGGGGGGCUCUUGCGUCGUAGAUAAUGCCAAGAAUCCGACCUCUGCGCCAGCGACCACGUGCGUCGCACACGACGCAUGCGACAGCAAUUUCGCGGAGCAGAGCGCACUUCUUGCGGCGGGAGGCAAGCGAAAGCUCGCCGAAUCCGGUGCCGCGUGGGCCAGAGCCACCGGAAACACCACGGGUGACUACACCGACGGAUCCUGGGACCCCGUCACCUCCCUCGCGAGCAUUCGCCACGAGUUCGGCGAGCAUGGCGGCGUGAACAUGUCGAUUGAGAACAGCGCGACGUUUACGGUGAUGGAGCCGGAGAGCAUGGCGAAGAUCUUCACCGGGCAGCUGGGCCCUGAGAAUGACUUCUUCGUGUACAGCCGGCACUUCAACCCCACCGUCAUGGCGCUGGGCCGGCAGCUCGCGGCGCUGGAGGGCACGGAGUCGGCGUACUGCACGGCUAGCGGCAUGGCCGCGAUCUCCGCGGCGGUUCUGCAGUUGUGCAAACACGGCGACCGCAUCGUCGCGUCUAACAGGCUGUAUGGAGGCACGUUCGCGUUCCUGGACUGCUUCCUCCCGCGCAUGGCGGGCAUCCGCACCACCUUCGUUGAUAUCACGGACCUCGCCGCAGUCGAGGCCGCUCUUAGCGGGGACGACGUGGGCCCAACCUGCGAGCUCGUCGGCAGCACAGCACCAGGCGCGGCUGCCGCCGUGCGUCCCGUCGUACAGGAGUCUACUGAUAAUCUGGCCGCCACCGGAGUAUGCCCCACUUCACUUCUGCCAUCCGUAGACUCACUGAAUCAUUCUGUUGGCGGAGAUGGUGGGUAUGGCGGGGAUGGCGACUCACCAGCUGCUCCGGGAGGACCGAAGCCGCGUGCGGGCCCUGCGCGAGUGCUGUUCUUUGAGACGAUUUCGAACCCCACGCUGGUGGUGGCGGACGUGCCGGCGCUGGCGGCGGCGGCGCACAGGCACGGCGCGGCGGUGGUGGUGGACAACACGUUCGCGCCCGUGCUCGUGUCGCCCGCCAAGCACGGCACAGACGUUGUCGUGCACAGCCUCAGCAAGUUCAUUAGCGGUAAUGGCGGAGACAGAUGCGCUCAUGACUCCCUUCGCCUGGGACACACGCUAAGACCGGCUUCCAUUGUUCUAUUGCGCUUGAAUAGCCUCACCUCCUCCUCAUUUCUCUCUCUGCUGCCCAACGUCCCGUCCCCUUCGUUCUCACCUCUCCAGGGAGCUACCAUGAAUCCGCAAGUGGCUUUUAACCUGUCAGCCCGCCUGCCCCACCUACCGCUGCGCAUGCGGGAGCACGGCCGGCGAGCGCUGCUCUUUGCCUCGCGCCUGCACGCGCUGGGCCUGCCCGUGUGCUACCCCGGGCUGCCCUCACACCCCCAGGCACACGUGCUUGCACGCAUCUCCAAUGGAGGGGGGAUGCUAAGCCUGGACCUUGGCAGCACCGCCAUGGCAUACGACUUCAUGCGGCACCUGCAGAACAAUGCUGAGUUUGGAUACAUGGCGGUUUCCCUUGGGUUCCAUGACUCACUGGUGUCCUGCAGUGGUGCCAGCACCAGCAGUGAGAUGCGCGCAGAGCAGCAGCAGGCAGUGGGGAUAUCUCCUGGGUUGGUGCGCAUGUCAGUGGGGUAUACGGGCAGUGAGGAGCAGCGCUGGUCGCAGCUUCUGCAGGCUGCUGCUGCUGUGGGGCUUUACCGAAACGAAUUCUCGCCGGCAUUUCUUGAUUUCAUUCGACCCGCUCUCCUCAGCCAGAAAACUGACAGCUUUGAUGACACGGUGAUUCGAUUCUUCAAGACGUUUCUGGGCGUGCUGGUCGCGGAGGGCAGCGAGGACGCCAGGGAGAUGAUGGAGGAGCUGCUGUGUCUCUUCUCGCAGUACAGCGACGCGCGCAGCAAGGCCGUCAGUACGUCACUAGAGUGCCCUCGGAGGUGCUGA